AUUGGCGUCUCUAAAUUAUGCAUAUCAAGAGUUUCCAAUAUCUCCCAUACAAUCAGGCAUUCCGAAUUCAAACAUUGAGAUAUUAUUUGCUGGUAAUGCGAUUAAUGAAACGGAAAGAAAUUUUGCACGCAUUCUUCGCUCUUCCCGUCAUAGAUCAUAUUUCCGCGUACAUAUACCUGGACUUUUUUUACGCACAAAGCAGGUUAAGGACUUUGGAGAGCAACUGCAUCAUCUGAGAGGGAAGAUCAAGGAGAAGAUACAACGACAAGAACAGUUGCAGCAGCUACUGCUGGUAUCGACAUGGUCGCCCAUUCGUGUCCAUAGUUACAUCCACUUGUUUCAUUAUCAAUCUAGGAUCGCCUGUGACAAUCCUCAAUUGGACUCUCAGCCAAUACGCCACGGAAAUGAGGAUUGUGAAUUAUAUUGCGAGUCCAAUCAUGAGACUUGUCAUAUACGACAACUGGGCUGGAUUUCGGAUGUCGUUGAGAAACUUUCUGUGGAUUAG